AUGUUGUUCCCUCCUAUCCGUUCCUUCUUCUUCCUCUUCCUGUUGUUCUCCUCCCUUUGUUUAUCACAGAUCAAAGCAGACGACGACGAUGAAAGCGGCUUGGGCAGUCAUAUCAAAGUAGACAAGCGUCUCAAGUUCGAGAACUCGAACCUACGUGAAGCCUACAUUGCUCUCCAGUCAUGGAAACAAGCAAUCUUCUCUGAUCCUUUCAACUUCACAGCUAACUGGAAUGGCUCUGACGUUUGCUCCUACAAUGGAAUCUACUGUGCCCCUUCUCCUUCAUACCCUAAAACCAGAGUUGUUGCAGGCAUUGACCUCAACCACGCUGACAUGGCUGGUUACUUGGCUUCCGAGCUUGGUCUCCUUACCGAUCUCGCUCUGUUCCAUCUUAACUCAAACCGUUUCUGCGGCGAAGUCCCUCUCACGUUUAAGCGUAUGAAGCUUCUCUACGAGCUUGAUCUUAGCAACAACCGAUUCGUCGGUAAGUUCCCUAAGGUUGUCCUCUCUUUGCCUUCCCUUAAGUUCUUGGAUCUCCGCUACAACGAGUUUGAAGGCAAGAUCCCGUCAAAGCUCUUCGACAGAGAGCUUGACGCUAUAUUCUUGAACCACAACAGGUUCCGGUUUGGGAUUCCCUCGAACAUGGGGAAUUCCCCUGUUUCCGCUUUGGUUCUUGCGGACAACAAUCUCGGAGGAUGUAUCCCUGGAAGUAUUGGUCAAAUGGGGAAGACACUCAACGAGCUUAUCCUCUCCAACGACAACUUAACCGGUUGCUUACCUCCCCAAAUCGGAAACCUCAAGAAAGUGACAGUUUUUGACAUCAGCUCAAACAAUCUACAAGGUCCGUUACCAUCUAGCGUCGGCAACAUGAAGAGCUUAGAAGAGCUUCACGUGGCUAACAAUGGCUUCACAGGAAUCAUUCCUCCAAGUAUCUGCCAGCUUUCUAACCUUGAGAACUUCACUUUCUCUUCCAACUUCUUCACCGGUCGUCCUCCUCUAUGUGCAGCUACUUCGUUAGUCGACGCUGUAGUGAACGGCUCCAUGAACUGCAUCACCGGUUUGGCUCGGCAAAGAUCGGCUAAGCAAUGCUCAUCUCUGCUUGCUCGUCCUGUUGAUUGCAGUAAGUUUGGAUGUUAUAACAUCUUCUCUCCACCACCACCAACGUUCAAGAUGGCACCACAGUUCCGGACACUUCCUCCCCCGGUUUACGUGUACUCAUCCCCUCCACCACCGUCAUCCAAGAUGUCGCCUACCGUCAGAGCAUACUCUCCUCCGCCACCACCGUCGUCCAAGAUGUCGCCUACCGUCAGAGCAUACUCUCCACCACCGCCUCCAUAUUCCAAAAUGUCGCCUACCGUUAGAGCUAACCCUCCACCACCGCCUUACGUAUACUCAUCUCCUCCGCCACCUUAUGUGUACUCAUCUCCUCCACCACCUUACGUAUACUCAUCUCCUCCUCCACCGUACGUAUACUCAUCUCCGCCUCCGCCAUCACCAUCUCCUCCUCCACCGUACGUAUACUCAUCUCCGCCUCCGCCUUACGUAUAUUCAUCUCCACCCCCGCCUCCUCCAAGUCCACCUCCGCCGUGUCCUGAAUCGUCUCCGCCACCGCCUGUUGUAUACUACGCACCCGUGACUCAAAGCCCGCCACCACCAUCGCCGGUAUACUACCCACCAGUAGCACAAAGCCCGCCACCACCGUCGCCGGUAUACUAUCCACCAGUAACAAACUACAGUCCUCCACCACCAUCACCAGUAUACUAUCCGUCGGAAACACCAAGUCCUCCACCACCAUCACCAGUAUACUAUCCGUCGGAGACACCAAGUCCUCCGCCACCAUCACCAGUAUAUUAUCCGUCGGAGACACCAAGUCCACCACCACCAUCACCGGUAUACUAUCCGUCGGAAACACCAAGUCCCCCACCACCGACUGAGUACUACUAUUGGCCAAACCAGUCACCGCCGCCAACAAAGGGAUGUAAAGAAGGCCAUCCACCACAAGCAUCACCGAGUUACGAACCAACUCCUGAAUAUUCAUACUCAUCAUCACCCCCACCGUCUACUCCAUCAUACUCCGACACGUCUCUUCCACCUAUUCCAAGUGUCUCGUAUGAUGCGUCUUCUCCUCCUCCUCCGUCUUACUACUAGUUUCAAAACCAUUGAGAACAAAAAAAAAAAAUGCAUUAACGACUACUCACAAUUAUAUUCUUUUGGCUGCGAGACUUUUAAAGUUGUGUGUUUGGUUGAUUUUUUCUAAAAAAUACAUUCGAGUUAUUUUUCUUUCUAUUUCUUCUGGAUAUUUUGUUAUCUUUUUUCCCCUAACACAGAGCUGCAUUUAGCAGCAAUGGAGUAUAUAGUUUCAGUUUUAUCUA